AUGAAUAAUAAUAAUAAUAAUAAUAAUAAGAAUUACAGUUAUAAUAAUAAAAUAAAAGAAAAUCAACCAAGUAUCAAUUCUAAUGAAGAUAUUGAAAAAUGCAACCUUCCAAAAAAAACUUUUAAUACCGAAGAAAAUAGAGCUUUAUUAGGAAAUCAAAUAAAAAAAGGUGAUAAGAAAAAGAUAAUAUUUGGUACGGUGGCCGUAGCAAUUGUUGCAACUUUAUUACUGACAUACUUUAUAGUUAGAUAUCACCAAAGACCCAACCACAUUAUUGCUUUACCAACUAUAAUAAUAUCAAUAGAUAGCUUCAGACCAGAAUAUUUAGAGCGUGGUUUAACACCAAAUCUUCAAAAUUUUAUUGAUGACAAUUCAUUUAAAGCCCAAUUUACAACUGCUCAAUUUCCAUCGAAAACAUUCCCAAAUCAUUAUUCAAUAGCAACAGGUUUAUAUCCACAAGAGCAUGGUAUUGUUUCAAAUGAAAUGUUUGAUCCCAAAACUGGCAAAAUUUUUAAUAUUGCUGAAGAAGACUCUUUAGAUCCAUCAUGGUGGUGGGGUGAACCAAUCUGGGUAACCGCUAACAAGUCUCAAAUUAAAACCGCAUGUUAUUUUUGGCCAGGAUGCAGUGCUAGAAUUAAUGGCUCACCAGAUUACAAUGCCUAUCCAUUCGAUUGGGGUAUUCCAACAUCAGAAAUAUUAAACCAAGUUUACCAAUGGAGAAAAUAUGGUGGUGAUAAUAAAACAACAUCAACCAUACCAACUUUAACAAUGGGUUAUAUUCACGAAAUUGAUGAUGCAGGUCAUUCAUAUGGCCCAGAUAGUGAAAAGGUCGACGCCUCAAUCUCAUCAGUAGAUAAAAGUAUUGGUGUUUUAAUCGAUCAAUUAAAAUCAUCCGGUCUUUAUGAUAAAACUAAUAUUAUUUUUACCUCAGAUCAUGGUAUGAUGGAAACCCCAACAAGCAAAUAUAUUUAUUUGGAUGAUUUAACCAAUGAUGAAUAUUUUUCAACAAAGUUCUUUACACCAGAUGCAAUUAAUAAUAAGGGCUAUUCAGUGCCAUCACCUCUUAUCUCUAUUUUUCCAAAUGAUACAAAAAACAACGGUGGAUAUAUAGAUUUUUAUAAAAAAGAUGAAAUACCAAAAGAAUAUUUCUAUAACUCAAAAUCCAACAGCAGAAUCCCACCAAUUUUAGGUGUUGCAAAACCAGGCUAUAGUAUCAUUGUAAAUAAAGAAACCAUUCCAUUCAAUACAAAACAAGGUAAUCAUGGUUAUGACCCAUCACACAAUGAAAUGCAUUCAAUUUUUAUUGCUCGUGGUCCAAAUAUUAAAUCAAGUGGUGCUGAAGAUACCGAAACUACCACAACAUUAAAAUCAUUCAAAAACAUCGAAAUCUAUAAUUUAUUGGCAAAACUAAUGGGUAUUGAAUCAAAACAUUUUGCGCCAAACAAUGGAACAUCUUUAUUAAUAGAUAAUUUAUAUAUAGCACCAAAAAUACAAACAAAAAAAUAA